GUGAAUGUGAAGAAGUGAUAAGUGGAAAAUAUGGCUAAGUCGAAAAGUUGAAUAGGUUUUAUUAUUUACUUCAUUAAUUUUGUUGCCAUUAUAUUUCUAGAUCACUUCGCUUUUUUCAAAAUGACUCACAUUGAAAAACGGCAAACGCGACCAGGAAAAGAGUCUAUACAUUCGGGGCAUUUUAUGGUGUCGCAUUUUGAAGCUGAAGCCCAAGAUGAAUUUGACGAUUUAGCAGUACCUGUACCUGAUGAAGAGCAGAAUGUGCAAAAAGUCGCUGUUGUAGCAACUUACUCGGUAACAGGACCAAAAGAACAGUGUCCACCUACUGACAAAAAGGAGAAUAAACAACAGCUUUCCAUAGAAGUAUCUCUCACAAAGCUAUUCAAAUGUAUGAGUCUUGCUUACAGACAAAAAUUAACAUCACCAAAAUGGAAUCGUUUCAAAGGUAUAAAGCUUCGUUGGAAGGACAAAAUCAGACUCAACAAUGUCAUAUGGAGGUGCUGGCACAUGCAGUUUAUAAAAAAGCAAAAUACCUUGGUAUGUCAGUUUGCUUCGCCGCUGGAUGUUGAUACUCACGUGAAACCGGAGACAACAAUAUUAGAAGGUAAAUAUUGGAAAAGAAGAGCUGAAGCAGUGAUAGCAGAAUAUAAAAAAUGGCGCAUGUUUCACAUAAUGCGGCUGUUCGGCAAGGGAGACACCACUGUGCAGGACACGAUCUCGGAUAUGGACACGGUGGAGUGUUUCUCGCAGUGCAGCGACAUGGCGGGAAACAUGCUCACGGAUGAAGAUUAUCUGAACUUCAUGAGCGACACACUGUUCUCUACUAUUAGUAACCAUCAGCCGUUUGCCUUUCCUGAUUGCAGGGAGAUCGCGAGAGGUGCAAGCUUAGCAGACUUCAUUCAGCCGAGUUUAGGUCCUCUGCAACCAAAUCUAGAGGAUUUUAUGGACACGUUGGAACCACUGCAAGAACUGCUGUGUUCGGCGACUCCGAGAUUGCCACCGGUUCCAGAAGAGAGCACGCUUCCAGCAGAGGACCCUUAUCGUGGCGGUGGGAUGUCCAUGGACUCGUACGAAUCUGGAUAUAUAUCGGUUAACCGAAAUAACUCCGUCACUAUGCCCACAAGUCAAAUGACUAUUCAUGCGGGCUCAAGUAGCAACACUCAGAUGCUAAUUUCGGAGGAGAGUGUGAAAAAUGAACAAAUGCGCGCUUAUAAUGGUGGAAGGAUAUUCGGCCAGGAGAUGCCGAGCAUGAUGCCCGAGAUGGGCGUCUAUUAUGAAGACUCGCAGAUGCCCAAUGUUUACCCAAAACGGAAUCAACCGUCAAAACUCAUUCAGCAACCUGAACCUUAUUAUAAGUACAAUACCGCGGUUCCGCCGUCGCAAACGGCUCCGGAAACGGUGACGUUACUCCAACAGCCGGUGCAGAAUCAGAAGUACGCUUCGUCACUGGGCGCGGGGCGGGGUUACGUGCGGGAUAAGCCCCGCUCUCGUCCCCACUAUACCCCGCACUACCCCGCCUAUAACGCCCCAGCUCCGCCUCCGCCUGCCCCGCCCGCCCCGUUCGAACCCCGCUCGAUUGAGCAACGUCAGACAUCUCCGCAGUUACAGUACUUGCCUCCAACGGACAGUUACAAACCGAAACCACCUCAAAACCAUGCGCGUGCAUUCAAAAUGCCUUCGCCACCACUUGCGCCUGCGCCUGUGCCUGUGCAACAUCAACAGGUAUCGAGCGGUAACACAGGCGGUCAAGAACAGUACAGGUCUCACAGCCUGCCAUUGGGAGCACAUCUCAACGCUGAUUGGACACUAGCACAACACGAGACACAACGACGCGAUCACACGCCUCGGACACGCGAGAGUACUACGAGCGUGCGUAUGCGAUCGCGAUCUACGUCAGGCGGAGUAGGGGUGGGGACAGUGGAGGGAGGGGCGCGCCUACCCCCACCACUCAACAGCGUAGCGUCCGAGCCAAGUCUGCCGCAAGCUAGCGUCAUGCUCGCACAACUGCUGUCUGCGCAGCAUUCUAAAAGUUCGUAUAAGCUGAAUAGUAACACAGAAGAUGGGUUGCUAGGCACUGAUCCAACGAGAUCUCCCAUAAGGAAGGGUCAGCCUUCUCCUAUACCCAGCGAUGUCAUGUCACCACAUCAGUCUUUAUCUCCACCGACGUCACCGGGGUCACCACGCGCCGGUUCACCGCGUGAACCGCGUCGUACACACUUGCACGCUGAACAAAAGCGACGUUACAACAUCAAGAACGGGUUCGAUACUUUGCAGGCGCUAAUACCACACCACAACACGAACCCUGCAGCUAAGAUUAGCAAAGCAGCCAUGCUACAGAAGGGAGCUGAAUAUAUAAAACAGUUGAAAGCUGAAAGAAAUCAAAUAACAGAAGAAAUGGAAAGUUUAAAACAACAAACUGAUAGUUUAAAUAAUUCUAUUGCCAACUGUCAUUCGUUGUUACCGGCGACGGGCGCUCCGGUGUCUCGGGCUCGCGCCGGCCGCCUCCGUGAGAUGUUCGCACGUCACGUCGCCAAUAGAACAAUGCACAACUGGAAGUAUUGGCUCUUUAGCGUUGUGGCUGCAGCGCUAGUGGAUUCAUUCAGCUCCUGUGUAUCAUGUGGCAGCGGUGCUGAUCUAGUACGAACCACAUUGCUAUGGGCAGAACAACACUGCUCGCUGGUAGAGAUGCGACCAGCUGUGUUAAACUCUCUCCGCGUAUUGUGUACCACUACGGAUAUACUCACGAACCCGGAGAGGUUACCUGAAGAGGCGCGCCACGCUGUCGCCGCUAGUGCUGGUAUCAAAUCCGAGCCCACAUAA